AUGUUUUCACGAAAUAGAACCAACGGCAGUUGGAACGUGAUAAGGGUUUCGUUACAAAGGUUUUACACAACAAACAGGGGAUCUUAUUUCAAAUUAUUGAAAUUCAGGCUAAGAGACACUGAGUCAAAUUAUAUAAGAAGUCUCAAGCGCAAUACAACUUCGAUGGUAUCAGUCUUACGGAAUGGUAACCAUCUGCACUCAUCAUUAAAUAAAGGAUUUGGGAACACAUUAUGGCGUUAUUUCAAUUCUCCAUUCAAUGUAGUUUUCAUGACUACUAAUAUAUUUGCAUUUGCUGGUAUUGUAGCAUUUAGUACAUUGAUUGAUAUCCGUCAUCUUCAUAAUUUUACGAAAAUUGAAAAUAGUCAUCAUCAAUAUGAUCAAGAACAUCAAUUAUACACACCAGACAAUUAUGUCUUGGCUAGCCCAAGUAAUGUAAGGAAACAUAUGUAUCCGAUGAUGACUACCUUGAUACCAAAUAGUCUCACAGUCCCAGAGAUACCUAUUAAUAUAACCGACGAAGAGAUUGUUUCAACACCAAAAUCUCAGGAUAAAACUUUAGAGAUGUUACAGAGAAAAGUGACUGAAAAGACUCAAGAGCUUGAAGAUAUGGAGGUUGAUACACCAUUCCACACUUAUAAUGUUGAAGAUAUUGAGAUAAAUAGUAAAAACAAAAGAGUAGUGGAUUAUAACUCAGCCAAAAUCAAAGCAGAUUUGUUCAACAUGUUAUACUCUUUUAAAAUAUAUGAAGAUGUUAUUGUUGAUACGCAAGCUAAUAAACAUCACCAAAAAUUGUGGUUUGAAGAACUUCUACACUUCAGAAACAAACAUAAGGAUGUAUUAGCGACCGGUUCUUCCAAAAUAGACCCAUCCUUCAGACCUACAGUGACAAAUUUUUAUGAUGCAUGGAGAACUACAUAUCAAAAGAUGGAACCUCGAGGUGGUGACUUGAUUGAAAAUUUUACAUUGCCUAAUUGGUCACAAUACCCAUACUCACUUAAAGAUUCGUGUAAUAAGUUGUAUGAAAAUAAAAUGGGUGGAAUUGAUGAUUUCAAAUCUUUUUAUGAUAGCAUCAAGUCCAAUAAAUUUAAGAAAUUAAUCAGAAUGUGGUACUAUGAUAAUUAUAAACUGAUCAAAUGUCGUCAAUCGAAUGAUACCAAUGUCAUGGCUCAAAGAGAAGAAUUUUAUAAUGAAUUGUUGAAAGAUUCUCUUCAUGAUCCUCCCACAUUUGUCAAAUACGCAUCAAUAGUAUUGAAUCCGCAUAAUCCUCGUAAAGAUAUCCUCUUCAGCAAGAUAAACCCGGAUGAUAAUCAAGCAACACAACAACGACAGCAUACAAAUAAUAUUCCAGUGGUACAGGUAGAGACAGUAUUAAACAUUCUUCAAGGAUACCUGACUUUGCAACAAGAAAAGAAAAGAACUAAGAUUUUAAAUUAUAACAAUACGUAUUUGCGCAUUGUACAUAUGAUUAAAGAGAAUGGAUACUUGACUGACGAAGGCAAGAUUGGAAUCCAGUUAUGUCCCGAUGAUCAGGUAAUUUAUUCGCAUCGGAAGUGGCUCUCUAAGAAUAGGCAGGAUCCUAAACUGUAUGAUCGAUUGGGGAAGGAUCCCCAUAUAUUACAGUUAUUAAGCCAGAUAACAACGUAA